AUGGCCACCAUCGGCAGCUGUAUCAUGGCCGUCAUCAGCGGCAUCGGCGGUAUCCUGCAGGCCAUUAUUAGCGGCAUCGUCUCCUUCUGCGGCAUCAUCGUCUCUUUCGUCACAUGUGGCUACUGCGGCCGUCGGCAUGGGGCUGGCGGCCGUCGCAUGCAUACGCGUACGCGUCGGAGCCGCAUUUAG